UCUUCCUAAAAAAUCUUAUCCUUCCUAACUCGCCCCCUCUCUUUAUCCUUACCAGUUCAGUGUUAAGAGGAUAGCCAUGGCGACCGCUUCAGCCUCCUCUCUGGUUCUUCCUUCUCUGGGUCCUAAAACUCUAUCCCCCUGCAACCCCAACACACCCACUUCUCUCUUUUUUGUCUCUCCUUCCUCUUCUCUUAGGCUUCACGCCAAGCCCAUUUCAAUUCCCCCUUCAAUUUUUCAUUCCUUGGGAGCUCUCCGACAACCCUUUUCCUCUCGCUUCGUUCCCAACGUCGCUGUUUCUUCCGAGUUCGGACAAGAAGAGGAGGUCGCUAGCGACGGACAUGAUGCCGCUCUCUCUCCCGACCUCAAAUUGUUUGUGGGUAAUCUUCCCUUCAGCGUUGACAGUUCUCAGCUUGCUGGCUUGUUUGAAAGCGCUGGAAAUGUUGAGAUGGUUGAGGUGAUAUAUGACAAAGUAACUGGGAGAAGCAGAGGAUUUGGAUUUGUGACUAUGUCAACUAUUGAGGAAGUUGAAGCAGCUGUCCAACAGUUCAAUGGCUAUGAACUUGAGGGUAGGGCAUUGAGGGUGAAUUCUGGACCUCCUCCUCAGAGGGAAGCUUCUUUUUCUAGAGGUCCACGAGGUGGUGACACCUUUGAUUCUGCCAACCGGUUGUAUGUUGGCAACCUUUCUUGGAGUGUUGAUAGCAUGGCACUCGAGUCCUUCUUCAGUGAGCAAGGGAAGGUUCUGGAUGCUAAGGUGGUUUAUGACAGAGAGAGUGGUAGAUCAAGGGGAUUUGGUUUUGUUACUUACAGUUCAGCUGAGGAGGUUGAAAAUGCCAUCGAGUCCUUGAAUGGCACUGAAUUGGAUGGCAGAGCAAUUCGCGUCUCUGUUGCGGAAGCCAGGCCAAGGCGUCAAUUUUGAGUGCAAUACUUUUCCUGUAUUCUCGGUGAACAGAUGCUGCAGGGACUUGGAAGAUGAGCAACUGCAAUCUGUGGCUGCAUGGGUGUUCUUGAAACAUACGCCAAAUGAUCCUUGUUCCUAAAUUGCUUCUACAAAUGACAGCCAUGUGUGUCUUAGAUGCAUGCAUUUAGAUGAACAAGAGCCCUGCAUUGAAACUUCUUGAUGUAUGUUUUGGGUGCCAGUACCAUAAGAAUUAUCAUUUUAGGACUAUUUAUAGAUUUAAUGUAUCCGUUAUUGAGCUUGGCUUUACCAUAUGUGGUGUGCAAGAACAUCUUUUCAUUAAAAAUUCUCCUCUCGCAGGAGGAGGUUCUACCUUUUCAAA